AAGAGGAUCGAGACCCUUUGAAUAAAGAAAGCACUUUCCUCGUGGGACAGCCAGAAAAAUAGUGCUCCCUCUUCCUCGUCCCUCCCCUUCCCACUGCAACACUCCAUACCAUACCAUACCAUACCCCUCUCUCUCUCUGCCUCUCUCCCACGAGAAAACAGAUUCUAGAGAGAGAAAGCUCAGAAGGGUAGGAGGUGGCCGUCUCGGAAAAGCUAAAUGACAGGCGGUGGUUCAUCGGGGAGGUUACCAACAUGGAAAGAGAGAGAGAACAAUAAGAGGAGAGAGAGGAGGAGAAGAGCCAUUGCUGCUAAGAUGUAUUCUGGUCUCAGAGCUCAGGGAAGCUACAAGCUUCCCAAGCACUGCGAUAACAACGAGGUCUUGAAAGCUCUCUGUGCUGAAGCUGGCUGGGUUGUGGAAGAGGAUGGCACCACCUACCGCAAGGGAUGCAAGCCAUCUCCAAUGGAAAUUGCAGGCGCCCCAACAAAUAUGAGUGCAUGUUCCUCUAUUCAACAAAGUCCACAAUCCUCAGCUUUCCCAAGUCCUGUGCCAUCUUACCAUGCCAGUCCAUCCUCCUCCUCUUUCCCAAGUCCUACUCGUUUUGAUGGAAACCCCUCUUACCUUCUUCCGUUCCUGCGUAACAUAGCUUCCAUUCCCACAAAUCUUCCUCCUCUUAGAAUAUCCAAUAGUGCUCCUGUAACUCCACCUCUUUCUUCUCCAACCUCAAGAGGUUCAAAGCGAAAACCUGAUUGGGACUCCCUUACUAAUGGCUGCAUAAACUCCCUGCGCCACCCUCUUUUCGCGGCCUCUGCCCCUUCAAGUCCUACACGUCGACACCAUCUUACACCUGCCACAAUACCAGAAUGUGAUGAGUCUGAUGCUUCCACUGUGGACUCUGGUCGUUGGGUCAGCUUUCAGACAGGGGCACCCUUAGUUGCUCCGCCUUCACCCACAUUUAAUCUUAUGAAACCAGUGGCUGAGCAGAAUGUUCUUCAGGAUGCUGUUGAAGCCCAUGUGGGGAUGGGAUGGGCAAGCACUGCAGAGAGGGGACGAGGCUCGGAUUUUGAGUUUGAGAGUGGCACAGUGAAAGCUUGGGAGGGUGAGAGAAUACAUGAGGUAGGAGCGGAUGAUCUGGAGCUCACACUUGGCAAUGGGAAGAACCAUUAAGCAUCACUUGAAGCUUUAGCCUGAGAAUGCAUAGAAUCAGGAGGAAAGAUCUUAGCAUGUUGUGUGGAUUUCACUGUGCAUUUCUCAAUGGUAAUUGGUUUUCAUUUGGCAGCUGAGUAGAGCAUCGCUCGGUGUCUACUUUGAUUCUGCUAUAAUUGGGGAACUUCAAAAAACAUAUUUGGUUCAUCAUGUAUUUCUUUAAAUGUACAGCUCCCUCUCUCUCGUGGAGCCAUUACAGGAAUCAGUUCCUAUUGAAUUUGUUGGCUAAAGAGAGAAUUUCCGGGCUCUCUUCACAGAAGGCCUGCAAUUCUGAGUCUGAAAUAUUCCAUGUGGGGGAAAAUGAAACAAGCAAGAACUCGAAAUCGGGGGUGUUAGUUCCCACAAUACGUUUGAAUUAUCUUCUUCAAUUCUUCAUUGAUAGACCCCUAGUCAAGUUGUCAUCAAUGGGAUUAUUUCACCAGCUUCAAACACAGAGAAUGCAUCGCAUCUUCUCACGAGCAUAUGUAUUCGUUUGUAGACUCUAUUGGAAACCCCAUGCUCAAAUUUCUUGAAGGUAGGUAGUAUUAUUAUAUCUAUCUAUCCUUUUAGAAA